AUGGAUCCCAAGCCAGCCAUGCCAAGUCAGAUUCGCCCUGGCAUACGUCACCGCGGCGUGCUCCUCGCUGCCAUGGUUGUAUCCACCGCUAUAGUCGGCAUCAGAUACCAAGCCAACUCCAGAAGAACAAACGAGUUGAACCAGCGGACAACGGCCCCCUACUACGUAACUGUCGACAGGAGCGGCGGUGGGAUCUGA